UUUAUAACAAUGUCAAGUGGUGGUAAGAGUUAUUGAUAAUUGAAAAGUGAGUAAUGAGUAGAUAGGAGAGUUGAUGGAUCACCUAGACUAAGAGCAUGACAGUGAAGAUGAGGGCAUGGAAGAUUAUAAGAUUGGAGGUUGGUUUAAUAUGACUAAAAGAAAGGAUACCACCCAGUUCAUGUUGGGGAAGUGUUAUUAAAUCGUUAUGUAAUAAUCCAGAAAUUGGGUUGGGGUCAUUUUUCAACAGUGUGGUUAGCAAAAGAUUUCAAAUAUGAUACAUAUGUGGCGCUAAAGAUAUAGAAGAGUGCAUCACAUUACUUAGAAGCAGCAUAUGAUGAAGUAAAGUUGGUGAUUAAUAUAUUGAUUAGGUAGAGAUUUUACAGAAAGUAGCAUAGAAUGUGUAAAAUCCUAUUUGGAUAUAAUCAUUAAAAGAAUAUUAUGCAGACGUAAGAGUUUGAUUGAAUAGUUAAAAAGGAAGGUCGAACGCACUUCAAUCGAGACGAUACUCACACAGUGUAGUUGUUAAAUUCAUUUGUAUACAAGGGACCUUAUGGACAUCAUUUUUGUAUGGUUUUUGAGAUUUUGGGAGUGAAUUUAUUGGAGGUUAUAAAAAGAUACAAUUAUAAAGGAGUAUCAUUAUAGUAGAUUAUAAAAUAUAGUGUCCUAUGGAUAUUGUAAGAAAGAUGGGUAAAUAGAUAUUGAUAGGUUUGGAUUACUUACAUAGAAUUUGUGGAGUUAUUCAUACUGAUUUAAAACCAGAGAAUGUGUUAUUAUGUUUAUCAGAUGAGGAAAUUAAAGAUAUAGUGGAGAAUGGUUAAUUGACAUCAAAUCAAUUAUUUUCAGAUAGAAUUCAUAUAUAUAGAAAAAUGUUAGGAAUCGUAUCAUAAGAAUAGAAGAAGGAAGAGUAAUAGGAAGAAGAUUCAGAAGAGGAAGAAACACAAAUGAGUAAAACAUAAAGAAGAAAAUUGUAGAGAAAGAAGAAAAAGAAGUAAAAGGAUAAAGUAAAGUAAGUAGAGGAAGAAGAAGAAAUGCCUAAUUCAAUAAAAGAUUUAUUUAAAUAAGAUAGAUAAAAGAAGUAUUUAUAUAUUAUUAAUAUAGAAUAUCAUUUAAAACAUAGAAACCUUUACCUGAUAAUUUUAGAGUUAAAAUUGCUGAUUUAGGUAAUGCUUGUUGGAUUCAUCAUCACUUCUCAACAUUAAUUUAAACUAGAUAAUAUAGAUCUCCAGAAGUAUUAUUGGGAAUUAAAUAUAAUCCAACUGCAGAUAUAUGGAGUUUUGCAUGCAUGAUUUUUGAAAUGUUGACAGGAGAUUAUUUAUUUGAACCUAGACAAGGACCUAAUUUUUCAAAGAAUGAAGAUCAUUUAGCAUAAAUCUAAGAAUUGUUGGGAAAGUUUCCUUAUGAAUAUGGAACUAGAGGGGCUAAGGCAAAAGUAUUAAAUUUAUUAUUAAUCAAGCGUUACUUCUCUCAAAAUGGAGUAAUGAAGAGAAUAUAAUAAUUACACUAUUGGAAUUUAUUUAAUGUAUUAACUGAAAAAUAUAGAUUCAAAGUUUAAGAAGCAUUGUCAUUCUGUUCAUUUAUGUUACCUAUGUUACAUUAGAUGCCAGAAUAUAGAACAACUGCUUAGGAAACUUUAAAAAGAGAAUUAUGUUGUAAUGUGAGUUCUGAAUACAAUUUAAAACGUUACAUAGAUCAAGUGUUUCAAUUCUAGAAUUUUAGAGAAUCUAUCCCUCCUUCAGGAUGGUUCAAAUAAAAGACAGAUGAUAAAAUUGGACAUAAGAUGAGUGAAGAAGAAUAUAAGAAAUUUACAGCUUAAAAAAAAUUUAAUUAAGAAUAGGAAGAAUUAGAAUAGGGCUAAAUUUGUGAGGGAAUUUAACCCACUUUAUUAACUAAUUAUAGAAGAGUAUUUUUAUAUUGAAUCAAUAGGCAUCAACUAGAUCUUAUGAAGGAUCCAUCUCAUUAACUCCUGAAGUAGAACUUCUACCAAAUAAACCAGGCAAAUAUGUUGAUCAUAGAGUUAUUGAUCGAUCAUUCACUGAUUUAGGAUAUAUUGGAUAUGGAGAAGGAAUUAAUCUUGAAUAAUUAGAUAGUACAGGUAAUUGGUAAUUUAGUUGAGUAUUAAUACAAAC